CUGUUUCGGUUGGCGUUUGGGGUUUUUUUGGGUCUAGGGUUUUCAUUCAGCGGCGCCCUCUCCACUCUCCGAGCCUAUCGCCAUGACUGCUCAGACGCAAGAGGAACUCCUCGCCGCUCACCUCGAGCAACAGACAAUGGAUCCUGACCAGCCUGUGGUUGAAGACGAGGAUGAUGAUGAAGAUGAAGAUGAGGAUGAUGAUGACAAAGAUGAGGAUGAUGCUGAAGGACAAGCAGGCGAUGCUAGCGGAAGAUCAAAGCAGAGCAGAAGUGAGAAGAAGAGCCGGAAGGCGAUGUUGAAGCUUGGUAUGAAACCCGUACCUGGUGUUAGUCGUGUCACUGUGAAGAAGAGCAAGAAUAUAUUAUUUGUCAUCUCAAAGCCAGAUGUUUUUAAAAGUCCAACUUCAGACACCUAUGUUAUCUUUGGAGAGGCAAAGAUUGAGGAUCUGAGCUCUCAGCUGCAGACCCAGGCAGCUGAACAGUUUAAGGCACCUGAUCUGAGCCAUGUGAUCUCGAAGCCUGAGACAUCUGCCAUGGCUCAGGAUGAUGAAGAAGUUGAUGAGACGGGGGUUGAGCCUAAGGACAUUGAGCUGGUUAUGACACAGGCUGGAGUUUCGAGGUCCAAGGCUGUCAAGGCACUCAAAGCUGCAGAUGGGGACAUCGUUACUGCUAUCAUGGAGUUAACUACCUAAUUCGAGAUCUCUGGUAUAGUUGUUUCUCUUUCAAAGACGGCUUGUUUUUCUUUGUGGCGUGGUCUGUAGGCUGAGUUUCUUGUGUGUCUUUGCUGCGUAACCUCAUAGUUAUCAAUCUAUUAUGGUGUACCAGUGGUAAUGCUGUUUUUAGUUUUAAUUUUUUGCCUUUAUAUACAUACUCUUUGUGUUUCCUCUGUUAUCAGAGGAUGUUGCAGCAUAAGAUCACAUUAACUUUCAGUAUAAAGAUUGGACCCUGGCUUUUGGUAGA